AUGGAGCGGACCCAGGAGGCCUCGGGAGAAGGCCCGGCGGAGGCCGAUCACCCUAAGGAGCCCUUGGAAAAUCAAGCCCCGGGGCUGGAGCUGCCUCUGGUCCCCGCAGAGAAGCCGCAGCGGGAGAAUCCAGAAAGCAGCUCCCGGGCCGGGCUGGAGGCGACGGGUGCGAGCCUGGACCACUCGGAGAAGAUGCCGCCUCCGUCUCGUCGCGGGCCGCCGCUCAGCCUGGGCUACGGCGCCUUCCGCCGCCUGGGAUCCUCGAGCCGCGAGCCUCCGUCUCCGGGCUCCGUUUCGGCCGAGGAGCCCCGGGAUGGCGAGUCCGCCGGGACCGAGCUAGUCCCCUGGGCGGCCUCCGGGGAGCCGACGUCGGGCACCUGGGCGCCCAUGGAGCUGCAGGUGGACGUGCGCGUGAAGCCGGUGGGCGCGGCGGGCGGUAGCCGUGCGCCCUCGCCCGCGCCCUCCACGCGCUUCCUCACGGUGCCGGUGCCCGAGUCCCCGGCCUUCCCCCGGCACGCCUCGGCCGCGCACCCGCUGCUGCAGCGCACCCCGUCGUCGGGCAGCACGUGGGGCCGCGGCUCCCCGCUCGCUGGCGCCCGGGCAGAGCGCGGCUGCCACGCCGAGGGCUGGGACGGUCAUCAGGCCACGUGCCGGUGCCGAUGCCAGGAAGCCGGGCUGCCCAAAGAGGACGCCGCGGGCAUGGAUGGCAAGAAACUGCCGCGGGCGAUCGCGCUCAUAGGGCUGCCCACGUACAUGAAGUCCCUGCGCUGGGCCCUCGUGGUCAUGGCUGCACUCCUGGCGGUCUCCACUGUUGCCAUUGUGGCUCUGGCUUCGAGAACAGGAGCCAAGUGUCGGCCAUGCCCCCGGGGCUGGAUGUGGUCCGAGGAGCAAUGUUACUAUCUGUCUAAAGAACAGCAAGACUGGGAGGGCAGCCGGGCCUUCUGCUCAGCCCACCAUGCCACACUGCCCCUGCUGAGCCACAUCCAGGACUUCCUCAACAGAUACUCAGUUGCUAACCGUUCCUGGCUAGGAGUCCAGCGAGGCCCUGAGGGAUGGCACUGGAUCGAUGGGGUCCCCCUGCAAUCCCAGCAGCUCCCAGAGGACGGCAAAGACCAACCCGAUCUCAACUGCGGGGGCCUGGAGGAAGGCAGGCUCGUGGCUCUGGACUGCAGUUUGCCCAGGCCCUGGGUCUGCGCCAGGGAGAGCAAGUGAUUCGGUUCAGCCUGACAGAACUGCCUGACCCCAACAACUUAAGGGGGAGAAGGUUCGUUAGGCUCCUGGUUUUAGAGGGUUACAGUCCACCUGAGCGGGGACUGCGUGCGCCGCGCCGCGCAUGACAACAGGAGCGUGUGCUGGGGGAUGGUCAUGUUGGGACAGAACAGGAAGUGGAGAGAGUACGGAACUAAGGGAGAGGCUGACCUUUAAAGGCCCCCCACUAGUGACCCACUUCCAGCCAGGCCCUAUUUCCUAAAGGUUCUUCGUCCCCCCAAAUUGCACCACCAGCUUGGGCAUAAGCACUCUUAAAAAUAAGCCCGUGGGAAUAUUUCAGGUCUAAGCCAUAACACUCCUGGCCCACAAAGGCUUUUAUUUUAUUAUUUUUAUUGUUUGCUUUUUCGAGAUACAGUCUCGCUCUAGCCCAGGCUGACCUGGAAUUCACUAUGUAGCCUCACAGUGGCCUCAAACUCACAGCGAUCCUCCUACCUCUGUCUCCUAAGUGCACCACCACACCCGGUUUAUUUUUAUGAUGUUCAAAUAGGUUCUCAUUGUGUAGCCCAGGUUAGCCUUGAAUUCCUGGGUGGAUCCUCCUACCUCUACCUCCUGAGUGCUCGGAUAACAAGUGUGUGCUACCACACCCAAAUCAUGGCUGUCUCAUAAUGCAAAAUGCAUUUGGUCCAACUUUGAGAAUCUCCAUAGCUUUAAUAGUGCCAACAUUGUUCAAAAGUCCAAAGUUUCAGUACUCUGGUUUCUCAGAUUGAAUAAAUUUUUUGCUAAAAAAAAAAAAAAAAAA